CAUCAGUCUGUUCCCUCCAGCUGAUGAACUUCCUCUUUCCUUCACCAAGGAGGGGCUUCAGAUCUUCCCAAGAGACUGGAAACUGUCAAAAAUUGCUGAGCGUCACUGAGCAUUAAACUUAAGAUGAAGAUUUCAUUUCUCUUCCUACUUUUAUUAGACGUCCCUCAUCUGAAGGGGCAGCAGAGGAUUGAGGAGUUUGAACACGUUGUGCUGAGACUUGCCUUCCCUUCAUUUUACAACACUUACAACAAGUCCUGCUGUAAACUCUAUCCAGCAGGAUGUUAUAAUCUGCUGGACAGCACAGGAUACGUCUGUGAUUCACUGAAAGGCAGAGUGACGAUAACCGAGAGUGAUGGCUGGAUACAAUUUAAAAUAUCGAAUGUACGUUUUGAGGACGGAGGCUAUUACAGAUGUUAUGUGCUGGGAACUCAAAACCGCGUCUACAGUGAUUACUACGUGGAGGUCUCUGAGAUUACCGGUCACCAUAGCCAGUCUCAGCCUGCACUGACAACAGCCAUCAAAGCACCAAACACCUCCACAACACUCAUAGACUCCACUGGAGCUGCUCUGGCAGAGGACCACGGUGACAGCCUCAGAGUUCCCUGGAGUUUCGGUCUCUCGCUAGCUGUCAUUGUGUCCUUUGCAGCAAUGAUUUUGAUCACCUCCAUUAUCGGUGUGGUUUUCUGCAGAAUCAAGCCCAAACGUAAACAGUCGUACAAAUAUGGAGAAACUCCAUGUGAGUCAGUGAAACAAGAGGCCCCGGACACGUGCGGCAUAGUUUACACCACAGUGGACUUCAGAGCUCACCAGAGGCCAAUGGAGGUAUAUGAAAACCUGAGGACACACACGACACAAGUGGGAGCCCCUGAGUCCACCUGGAGAGCAGAGGGUGAUGGGGUGGUGGAGUACUCCACACUGGCAAUCCACCAGUGAAUUCAUGUGAAACUUUAGUCAGUGUCGGAUUCUAAUCAGACAGGUUUUCUUUGUUCUUUGUGUGUUUGUAAAGGAAUGGAAUGGCAAGUAUUGGUUGUGGUUCAUACUACUUAGCCUGAGUUUUUAAAGGAGAUGGAGUUUGCUCAUUUUGAGGUCAUAAUUUUAUUUUGGGUUAGAGGCACUCUGUCUGAAAUGGUUAGUUUGAGCUCCUGUCUCUUUACAGUCCCCCCUCCUGAAUACCCAGUCUCCUCCAAUUGGUCAGCUCACACAAGCCUGAGCCAGCGCCGCUAACAAACAACAGAGCAGCUGUGCUAAAUUAAUCCAUAUGUGCAAAACUAACUGUUGAGCAUAAAUUAUGCAAAUGUGUGACUCUGUGACAGAGUGUGAUGUCACAAAGUCACAGAAUUAAAGGUGGGACUUCUGAUGAGGUGUUUCAGGAGCAGUAUUUUGUGUGGGACAGAGAGAAAGGAAAUGAAAAAAAAAAAACUAUGUAGUUCUCCUUUAAGACAUUUACAUGACAGGGAGGACAUAACAAAAAGAGGCAUUUGGUUGCAUUAUGGGAAAUGAAGGAUCCAGCAUUUUUGGAGCUUGAACUCUAUAACGAAUUAAAUCUCAUGACAUCUUGGCCUCCGCUGGUUUAAACUUCUCUUUUGUCUGGGGUCAUGGGUCAUCCAGCUUUAUGGAAGUGCCAUAUUAAACAACUUGUAAUAACUUUGUAAUACCUUUAAAUGUAUAAAAUAUGUAUGGAUUGUGAAAAUGAUAAGCUAAAUGAAAAUGAAGUGAUGAUGUAAUUAAAGAAAUUAAUUGUGUGGUAAAAUAUAUACAAAACAUUUGUUUCCAUGUGGUUUCCUCUGAACACCGUGCCCCUAUUCACAGGCUGAGAUAGCAGCAAUGUUGUCAGAUCAUGUCAUCAGGUUAUCUUUUGUCAUAUCAAUGUUUUUCCUUAUCAGUUUCAUCUCUAUUACAGCCUCAGAGGAAACCUGGCCCUCCGCUAUUCUGAGAGCCGCUCGAUAUUCUAUUCCUGGCCCUGUUCUUCCCUAUACACAAAAAAAGCUGUUGGCGAUUCCUCUUUGUAUCGUCUCUUAAAGGUCAAGUUUCUCUUAAGAGCAAAUGA